AUGUUUAAUUCUUUUCUCUGCUACUGUGAUACAUCGAUGGUAGCGUCGGUAACAGCAACAGCAAGAUUAAAGAAAGAUUAUGCGAAGUUAUUGAAAGAACCUGUGCCAUACGUACGUGCUGCACCGCUACAGGAGAACAUUCUUGAAUGGCACUACAUAAUAUUUGGCGCGCCGAGUACUCCAUAUGAAGGCGGUGUAUAUCAUGGCAAGUUAGUUUUCCCAAAUGAUUUUCCCUUCAAACCCCCAUCCAUUUAUAUGAUUACACCAAGUGGAAGGUUUCAAGUAAAUACAAGGUUAUGCUUAUCUAUUUCUGAUUUUCACCCGGACACUUGGAAUCCUGCGUGGACGGUGUCCACGAUUAUCACUGGUCUUUUGUCUUUCAUGAACGACACUGCGCCAACUUUGGGGAGUAUUACGUCGUCAGAUGCAGAGAAGAGAAUACUUGCUCGUCGCAGUAAAGCUUUCAACUUGAAGGAUCGCGUAUUUUGCGAAUUAUUCCCUGAUGUCGUCGAUGAAAUCAAGAAGGAUCUUAGUGAGACUAACACAGCAGAAGAAGCAACAUUGAGAGAGGAAGAAGAACGGCUGCGAAGUGCUGCCGAACCGUCGUCGAGCCUUUCGUCACUCAUGUCGAAUCUAAUUGUGAUUGCAGGCGUCGUGAGCAGGACUCACAUUACAAAUGAUUUUCUUUUCUGUACAUCAACAUUCCCCAUUUGCAUGCUGAAGGUACGGUUUCGAAGAUGCCUCCGAGUGCUAAAUCCAUCUGUAUAG